CUCUUCUCAUCACCACGAUCUCUUGCUCCCAGCAGCUUUGCCAGCACUCCAGAAAGAUGUGCUCCCGUGGGUCCUGCCACAGCCACGAGACCUCCUGCCACAGCUCCCGCUCCUCCUGCCACGACUCGGAGCCCUCCUGCCAUUACACCAUCCAGAGGGUCCCUGUUCCCAAGUACUCCUGCGUGACGCCGUGCUGCCCCCCGGUGCAGACCUACUGCCCCCCAGUGCAGCGUUACUGCCCGCCGGUGCAGCGCUACUGCCCACCUGCCCCCUACUGCCCCCAGUACACCAAGAACAUCUGCAAGCUGCCACCACCGUGCCCCAAGUUCUAGCAGCAGGAUCCAGCCAUGCACCCGGCUUUGCAACCCCUGGACACCUCCCUGCUUGAGGCACUGAGCUCAUCCUCGGGGUUCAUCGCUUUACCAGCCACGCUGAUUCUCCUGAGCAAACGCUUUCAAAGCAAUCAGAGGACCAUGCAACGUCGGGGUGCACUGCCUCUGUUUCAUUCUCACUAUGCUGUUUGAGUUCUUUCCGCUGGUGCAACGCACGGUGAUCGCUGCCAGUAGUCUCCUUCUUGCUUUGCUGCUUCCAUUUUCAGCCAGAAUAAAAGCUGCAUUUCAACCAUUCUGGAGGCGUUUAGUUGCUACUCUGUGCUAUUUCAUUUGUGGGUUUUGAGCUGUGUUUUAAUCACUGGUGAACUCACCAAAGCACAAGGAACACCAAGGAGGGGUGAAAGUUGGGAAAUGCCCACAGCACCGCACAGAGGGUCUGUAAGAACAACGCUGGGUUAAUUUUGGGUGAAAAAAAAGAGUGUUUGCACUGAGCAGAUGCAGUGAGGGUGUAAGAGCUAUGGCCAGGGGCUUUCCCUGCACAGUCACGUUUGCACUCCACAAGGGAUCUUUAAAAGCUGCUGCUAUAUUUGGAAACCAAACAAAGCAAAUCCUACAGGGACAUUCACUGUGCCUUGGAACACCCUCAAUUAAACGUUUUCUACAGUGUAAAAUGACCAAGGGUUUCCCAAGCAUGAUUCAUCCAUCCUGGGGCAGGCGUGGGAAAUAGGCUGGGUGAGCUGCGCACUGGAAGUCCCCAGUAAAUAACCUGUUGGUACAGAAGUAAUUGGAAAUAGUUCUUUAUAAGUUAGAGAAAUUUGUCAUUAUGGAGGAACAGCCUAUUAAAGAGGAACAGUUGCCAAUUGGAGACAGGGCAAUUAAUUACAGAGCUGAAUUUCACCUUGUUGCCAUUACUAAGAGAUGGCUCAUUUUUAGGCAACUGGUGGGAACUACAUUAACAACUCCUUCCCUUCUUCAUCCUUCACUUCUCUCCAGUUGGGUACUGGGUCAAUAAUUGGGCUGGCCCCAAUUGGGUGCUGGGUCAAUAAUUGGGCUGGCCCCAAUUGGGUGUUGGCUUUUAUUGCUCACAAGUAGUUUUGUCUUCAAGUACAUGCGUUCACUUUCCUUUCAUGCCCCGGGCUUGGAACUUACUACUCCGUGAUUAAUCACCUCACUUUCUGCUUCUUCCUUCUUUAGUCCCACAAAGGACAUGCAGCUCUGACCAGGUUAUGCAUUCCUCUAUGCUUAAGCCUGAAGUUCUGUUAACUUCAGGAUGAGAAGUUGCAGAUAUAACAGGGAAACAAGAGCAAAGGUUUUGUCAGCUUC